AUUAUUUUAACUUGACAGGGUCUGCUUUUUAUGAACAAAUGUCAAACCAAGCUUUAUCCUGCAGUGUUAGCAAGUUGUAAAUGUGCCUUUGACAUUAAUAGGAAUCGUAGGUACUUUAAUUAAAGUUUCCAAAGGACAUAUUUCCUCAAAUGCUCACAGUUUUAUGUAGAUGGCUAAUCUUCCUCAUACAUUUCUGUCUCCAGUUUGCACUGAGCAAAUUGUGCUUAUGACUUGAAUGAAAACUGAAUUUAUUAUGACAGAGUGUCUGUGUUUUGUGAGCUAGCAGAGCCAGCUGUGGCGCUGGUUCAGCAUACAAACUAUGCCACUACCCAGUGAUUUCCCAUCCGUUCUGUUUAUGGCACAGAACUGUUAAUUUCUAUCUGCCCAGUGAAGAACUCUCAGGAAUCUUUGUUUGUUGGGGAAUUCCAGGUUUUAACACAGAAUAAAUAAUUUGCACAUCAAUUUUUUACCUCUUUACUCUGUUACUCUAUUCACAUGGAAGGCAGUAAUGUGAGAAUGUCCUGUUAGUGCAGUGCAGUGAGUUUUGGGAAAAGAACCCAGCUUUGCUCAUCUCUGUUUUACGGCUGCCCAGCAAAGGUCAGAGGUGAGGAGCUGCUCAACAACCGUGGUGGCAAAAACAUGAUACUGCCUUGGCAAGGGCUGUAACACAUGCAGGGCUGUGCUGGAGUCAGGGUGCUCUAGGACACAGCUCACCCCUGGCUCCCUCCAGAGUACAGACUGUGCCCAGCCCAGCAUCAGGCAGCACCUGGGGGAACUGCUGUGCCCUGUCUGUGAACACCUGCUGGAGUUGUUUCCUUUUGGUUUUCUGGGAGAUGUGAUGUGUGUCUUGUGGUUUGUAAAGUCAGGAGGAUUAGAUCCUUGUGACUUCAAUUACUGGGCUUAGGUAGUAAUUUUUGAAGGAUGCUAGACAGGCUAUCUCUCUAAGAUGCUUAGUUGUAGUUAGAAACAGCCAGGCAGCCAACACUUGCCACUCCAGCAGCCAUGAUGGCCUUGAAUAAAACAAUUGAACAAUUUAGAAUACAUGUGACACAGAGGUUUUUGUAUGUUAGCUGUACAUUGAUUUCUCUUUCUGGGAGCUAAGCAAACGUCUGCUGGCAUUUAGGUUUUACUCUUACCUGACCUUGAAUAGAGCAGGUUUGAGUUUAAAGUACAUUUGCCUCAGCUAUGCAGCAGACCAUUGUGUUGGCUGCUUAUCCCUUCACUAUUUACUAGAGAACUUUCCAGUUUGAACAGGCCUUGUUCCUAGAUAUGACAGAUGUGUUGCAGUUUAUAUAAGACAGAAAUUUGGAGCAGGAGAAUUUCUCUUGCAUUAAAUUGAUGCUCACAGCAGUCUCCAUAUUGUGUGCAGCUAUCUUUAGAAAUAGCUGGCUAUAUCUGUGCCCUCAGUGAAAUGUAGAAAGCAGCACUACUGAAGAGGUACUUCAUUAUUUAAAAGGUGACUGUUUAGAUUCACUGCUACUGAUGCUCUGUACAUGACAAAAACUGCAGAUACAACACAUUGGUGCUAAAUUAAAGAAUAAUAGAACUGAGAUAGAGAUGGUAUUGCUGAGCUUAUCCUGCUGACAGUUCUAUAGCAAUAAGUUGCCUCCUCAAAAUGUCCCUUCUCAAUUUUUCUCAAAAGUUUAAAUUCAACCUUUUUUUCUUCUUUUCUAUUUUUUUCCCCAUAAGUGACCCAAGAGCUUGAGAGCUGUUUGUUUAUAAAUAAUGAAAUUGCCCCUAUUUAGAUGUGGAUAUGAUUUUUUCAGCCUGAGAGAUUUUUCAGCCUGUCAGUGGCUAAUCUGUUUUCCAAGGGAAAGUCUUUUGGGGAUGCUUUUCUCUCUCAAGGACUGUUUUCUGUAAAUAGGUUUUGGUUCUCAAAACAAUGUUGUACAGAUGUUCUAGAUGCAUUUUUCUCUUGUCCCACCAAUGGGAUGAGAGAGGUGUUGUUCCUUGUACCAAUUAUGUUAACCUGUAUCAGAAUACCUUAUAAAAGGGGCUGAAAACCCCGAAAUAAAGGCUUUUGCCUCCUGGGGACUGAAAACCUCUAGUGUUGUGACUGAACCCAUGCUUCUGUUUCAUGUCCUCUAGUGACAGUUAGGUAUGCCCUGAAUCAAGUAUUCAAUCAUUUCUCUACCUUUGGGUGCCAGCUCUUUCAAGAGUUAGGCGGUGGUUCAGUGGAUGAACUGUGAACUUCAAUCCUCAUACUUAGAAUUUAUAUAGCAAGUUUAUUUAGUCAAGUAGUUUCUGUUUUCUUAGAAACCUUUAAAAGCCUGCAAAUAUUGUCAUGCUUACUCUAAUUUAAGCCAUUGUCCUAUUCCACAGUUUACUGACCUUAUUUUCACUGUAAUGUUUAUUUUUGCUGAUACUGUAGAAGUGGUCAUUCUGCAGUAGUUUGGCCUUCUAACAGGUUAUUUAUUAAAGACAUUGGAGAAUUGCUGUGCAAAGCACAUUGCGAAAGCAACCACCUCAGUACUUCUAAUAGUGCAGUAAAGGUAUUUCUCCUUGACAAGUUCAGAAAUGAUCUGUGUCUGCCUGUUCUGAAGUUUUGCUCAGCUCCUCUCUAGUUCCUAAUCACCAAUGACCUUUGAACUGCAAUUUAGGUGUCCAGUCAGCAGAAUUAUUUCUGGAGAAAGGACAGAAAUGAAGUCCGAUGUUGUUGUUCUGUGCUUUUCAAUUGCUAAUCCAAAUUCCCUGAAUCAUGUGAAAACAAUGUGGUAUCAAGAAAUCAAGCACUUCUGUCCUCGCACACCUGUCAUUCUGGUGGGCUGCCAGCUGGAUCUUCGCUAUGCAGAUCUCGAGGCUGUUAACAGAGCCAGACGGCCUUUGGCAAGGCCGAUAAAAAGGGGAGACAUUUUGCCACCAGAGAGAGGCAGAGAGGUUGCCAAGGAACUUGGGAUACCCUACUAUGAAACCAGUGUAUUUGACCAGUUUGGGAUUAAAGAUGUGUUUGACAAUGCAAUUAGAGCUGCCCUGAUCUCCAGAAGACACCUGCAAUUCUGGAAAUCUCAUUUGAAGAAGGUCCAAAAACCUUUGCUUCAGGCUCCAUUCCUACCUCCAAAAGCCCCUCCUCCGGUUAUCAAAAUUCCUGAGUGUCCUGUGCCGAGCAUGAAUGAAGCUGGAUAUUUGUUGGACAGCCCACUGUGUGCAGAUGUCAUGUUUGUUCUUCAGGAGCAGGACUGCAUUUUUGCUCACAAGAUUUACCUAGCUACCUCUUCUUCAAAGUUUUAUGACCUUUUCUUAAUGGAAUGUGAGGAAUGUCCAUACUUGGAUGAAACACAGUGUAAAAAAGAAAAUACAAAUAAGGAUUUUCUGACAAGUCACCUUGAGACAAACACUGACAGUGAUGAGGCAUCCUUGAAAUCUCCUGAUGUUAAAAUUCCCCCACCAGAAAGCAGUGAGUCUUUAAACAUGCUAGAAACUGAAUCUGGUGAAACAAACUCUGCAGCAAGAUCUCUGUCAUCCUGGGGUAAGGGGUUUGUUAGUGUGCAUAAGGAAAUGCAAGUGAAUCCUGUCUCAAAGCGGACAUGUCCUGUAACUGUGGUAAAAAUGGAUUCAUCUGUGCAGGCUGCACCUUUUAAAACUGUUUUGCAGUUUUUAUACACAGGCCAACUGGAUGAAAACGAAAAAGACCUCACAAGACUGGCUCAGAUUGCUGAAAUCUUGGAAGUAUUUGACUUGCGAAUGAUGGUGGAGAAUAUUAUGAAUAAAGAAGCCUUCAUGAAUCAAGAGAUUACUAAAGCAUUUCAUGUCAGAAAAGCUAAUCGCAUUAAAGAGUGCCUUUGCAAAGGGACAUUUUCUGAUGUGACAUUUAAAUUGGAUGAUGGAAGCAUCAAGGCCCACAAGCCACUGCUGAUCUGCAGCUGUGAGUGGAUGUCUGCUAUGUUUGGAGGAUCAUUUAUUGAAAGCUCCAUCAGUGAGGUAGUUCUGCCCAACAUAAACAAGACCUCCAUGCAAGCUGUUUUAGAUUACCUGUAUACCAAGCAACUGUCCUCCAGUCAGGAACUGGACAACCUUGAGUUGAUUGCAUUGGCCAAUAGGUUUUGCCUUCCUCACCUGAUUGCUCUAGCAGAGCAGCAUGCAGUGCAAGAGCUGACAAAGGCCUCCAUGAGUGGCGUUGCAAUAGAUGGAGAAGUCCUCUCCUAUUUGGAACUGGCACAGUUUCACAAUGCUAACCAGCUGGCAGCUUGGUGCUUGCACUACAUCUGCACCAAUUACAAUAGUGUUUGCUCCAAGUUCCGCAAGGAAAUCAAAGCUAAGUCUUCAGAUAAUCAACAAUAUUUUGAGAGGCAUCGCUGGCCACCUGUGUGGUAUUUAAAGGAAGAAGAUCACUACCAGCGAGUUAAAAAAGAGAGAGAAAAGGAAGAUGUUGCACUGAACAAACAUCAUUCAAAGCGGAAGUGGUGUUUCUGGAAUUCCUCUGCUGUAGUUGCCUGA